AUGAUCAAGGCACGAAGAAUGGCAUUGAUUUGUCUGGCUUUGUUAACGUUCGAUCCUGUCGACUCGAGGAUGCAAGGAAACGGCGAAUCCAGCGGCGAGUACCUCCAGAAAGCGAUGCACCAGCUUCAGGAGUUCAACGUUCCGCUCUCUGAUAACGUUCAGGAUCGGUUGUCCUGGAGCGACGGUUACAACAAUAUGCUUAAGGAGAAACAGAAUUAUCCGGUGCAGAGGAUCAACAUGAUCCAGCGGCAGAAAUAUCGAAAUCAAAGUAACAACGAUCCAGUCAUCGAGAAAUCGGACGUGCAUCGCUAUGACGCUGAAAGUCUUCCGUAUUAUUAUCAGCCUUACGUUUCCCCCGUUAGCAAAAUACAGGAACCGGAAGCGCUUGGAUUCACGCGUACUCAACUCGCGUCGAUGUACAAAGACGCGUUGGAAAAGGGAUCGUCGGUCAGUCUGUCGAGUUUGACGAAAGCACUGACGACUGGCGGAUUCCCUCAGGUGACGCAGACUCACGUGGAGUACCCGGUGAAACCGGCUCACUAUCAAUACUACUUCUUCCCGUUGAAGACCUUCAUGUCGGAACUGAGGAACGAUCACGGUUACAAAACAAUUCCUGUCGUUGCGUUCGAGAACACGGCAGCCGCGGUUUCUGCUCCAACGUCACUGACGUCGCACCCUCUCUUCGUGGCCAUAAGCACCGUCAUGACUAUGGCGAUUGUGUUCAUGAUGAGCGUCUUUGUUUUACCGAGGUUUCCUCUGCUGAACACGUUGCUACAGUCCCGUGAGAUUCAAGACGAUUUUCUUCAAUUGUCGGACGUCGUUGUGAACGCCAUUAACCGGUAUAAUCUUCUGGAGAAUUUCAAAGGGCAACGCGUGGUUUCCAUGAGGUAG